GUAUACACACUUUUUAAAUGUCAUGAGUUCUGACCACGGUACUUCUUUACUGAUAUGGGUAAUUAUUGUUGCAGAAGAAGGAGACAAAAAAAAAAGCUUACUCUUCUCUUGGUAGGAUUAGACAACGCAGGUAAAACUAAAGCUGCCAAUGGUCUUGUUGGAGAUAGACUAAACUCCCCAGUACCUACGGUUGGAUUUUCGGUAGUGAAUCUAAAAUAUUCUGAUUAUUCAGUCAAAAUUUUCGAUUUAGGAGGUGGACCUAACAUUAGAGGAAUCUGGCAGCAAUAUUUUGUAGAUGCACAUGGUCUAAUUUUUGUGAUAGACUCCAGCGACGUGUCUCGUUUUGACGAGGUAAAAAUGGUUUUGGAAGAAAUAUUAUUGAGCGACAAAAUAGCAGGAAAACCACUGUUAAUUUUAGCUAACAAACAGGAUAGCGUAAACGCAGUGGACGAAAUAGAAAUAAUAGAAUUUCUGGAUCUAGAAUACUUAGUAAACAACCGAAAAUGUCCAACAUUAGUACAGAGCUGUGCAGCAUCGGAAAGCAACGCAAACAAAUUAGACUUAGGAGUACAAAAAGGAUAUAAUUGGCUGAUGAAUUAUAUAGAUAAGCACUAUGAUAGUUUAAAUCAAAGAGUGGAACAAGAUGUGGAAGAACAAGAAAUCAAAGAGAGGCAGGAGCUCCUGGAGAAGAUUAAAAGGAUAAGAAACCUUCAUGCUUUAGAACAAAGUAAACAAAAUGAAGAUACUAUAGAAACUUACUCAGAUUAUGUUAAAAAAAUCAACGGAGAAAUAAAAUCGAUAGAAGAAGAUAAAGGCCCUAGUACAUCUGUGAUAACGUUAGAGGAUACGAAUUCUAGUCCUUCUUCUAACGAUUCAUCUAUUUCUUUUUCACCUGUAUAUGUUAACACAGCAAAUGAAAAAAACGAAAGACCAAAAUCAGCAGUGGAAUUGGUCAAACACCAGCUACAGUUGAAAGAUAGCUUCAAGAAGCCAAAUGUUAGACCUAGAUCAAAUAAAACAGCACCUAUACAUCUGUAUGGCACAAGGAUUCCUCAUUCUGCCCACGAAAGACGCAGAGAAACUCUGUUUGAUAGAAGAAACCUUAAAUCGGCUGAUAAUGUACUUUUUACCAUUAGUGGAACGUUUUCAAGUGACGCGAACGUAGUUAAUUCGAGUGGGGAUCAUAAUUCCAUAGGUCUUAAUUAUUUUGGAAGUAAAAUACAUUCUCUUAACAACUCAGGUGUGCCUUUUGUUCAUAGACCUAAUAGAGAAGGUGACGGAUUGAGUAUAGUAGACAUUUUAUAGUGUUUUAGAAGGAGAGUGUAAUAAAAUAAUCAUACGUGCCAAAAGCUAGAACAUGGGGUAAUUAGGAAAAUUUUAAACUUAAAAGAUAUUGUUUUAUCUUCGUCUUUGCUGCCAAAAAUAAUAAAAAUAAAAUAAAAUAAACACCUAAAUUAAGAACAUAUCGACCCUCCCAACGAAAACUGUCGUAACUCAAGAUCGCUCAUUCCGAGAUAAUUGCGUUUAAAAAUAAUUGUGAAAAGUGACGUUCUGUAAUUUUUUAAUUAUCACUACUACGUUUUUAAUUUUUUCACUCAGUAACUAUUUGUGCAAUCAUAAUUAUUGCAAAAGAAAUAAAACUUUCAUAAGGUUAUUCGAUUUUGGAUUUUGAAUGAGUUACUACAGUCUUCGUCGACAAAAAUUUCAGUUAUAAAAACAUACUACAUUAAUAAAACAAAAAAAAAUUAACAAAUAUUUUAUUUUUAGCAAUUUGUUUAUAAUGGCAUUAUAACACUAAUUAUAAUAAUAAUUAACGACUAAUUGCUAAGUACAAUACACUGCUAUUGUUCAGAUUCGGAACCAGUUUCUUGAUCUGUAGAGCACUCUGGUGGAAUGUCUUCAUUAGCAGGCCGCAGGGAGUUAUAAAACCCAUGGUACAUUGCUGGUAUCAAAUUGGUUUUACAUAAACUUAAUAGACCAUUUAAUUUUUUACUGUCAAUUGGUAAAAGACCUUGGUAUAAACGUGGUAGUUUAUAUUCUUGGGGUUUACGUAAUUUUGAUGUUGCGAUGUCGAGUCCUUUGUAAUUUUCUGCAAAACUGUAGGUAAAAUAAACUUUAUAAGGAUUCUUCGGAUCGAAGUGAAUUUCCCUAAUUUUGCUUAUCUUUACCACCUCCGCAGUGUUAGUUUUCUUCCAGUUCUGUUUCUGAACCAUUGGUUUAAAACUAAAAAAGUCUUCUUGAGACAUUUCCUUCACUCUAUACUGUGGAGAAGUAACUUUUGCCAUCUUUAUGAGGCUAAUCCACUGGUCAGGAGUAUAAAUAUUCGAAUGUCGUUUCUUUGCAACUUCUAUAACAGCGUGCAUGCUGUCAUUUUCGUUCUGGGUAUGACCAAUCUCAAGAAAACGGUGUGUUAUUUCCAGAUCCAAAGUCACCGAUGCAUGAGCAAACAUCGAAAAAAUAAAACGAUUGCGGUUUUGCCCUCCGCAAUUGUCGGAGUAUAACACGACUUUUCGAAUGCCAUCUCGUUUUGCACCUUUUAAAAAAUGCCAUAAACAGCUUGCAAUUUCAUUCGGCCCCCUUUUUGAUAUUUGUUCAUGCCAUACGUAGCAAUAUCCUUGAUUAUUGCCCAAGUCUUAAAUAGUAAAAUUAUAAGUUGCAAGCUUACUCUUAUAAUAAAAGUUACUUACCUCUGACUUGGGUGUUACUAAUACUUUCUGCAAAUCGAAGCAUAUUGUUAAAAACGAUUUAUCACUUUUGGACAAUUCCUUAUUAGCAUCUUUCAGAUUUCUAACAGAUUCUUUGUUUAAAACAUGGCUAUUGUAAUUUUCUUCCAUUGAUUGAGUUCUUUUCUCUGUAUCUGUAUUGUUAUACGCACUGCAUACUGAACACUGAUCUUUCUUAGGCUUGAAAAAUGCAAUGUUGAAUUGUGAGUUUAAAGUAUCCCUGUAUUGUCUAACUGUAGCGACGACACCCCAUUUUUUGAGUUUGGCAUAUUCCACGUACAUUCGGUGCAUUACAGAUAUGUUUAAGCCCUCUUCUAAGUACAUGCGUUUUGAGUUUUUCCUUGUAUAAUGAGAAGGUACAAGUGGAAAUAAUUUUAUGUGUUCUACAAUGUUAUCUUUUACACUAUCCGGGAUCUUGUGCGGUCUAGUAUUAUGUUUUCCUCUCUUAUCUGCUUCUAUGGUACCAGCUACACUAAUUUUUUUCAAUGCAGUGCUAACAAAAGUUUCAGAAAUCGCAAGUGUAUUUAAGAACAUUGUCUUGCAAAUUUGUUUCUCGGUAUUACCAAUAUUAAAUUUAUAUUUGCGCGAAAAGUUUCUCCUAGAAUUGUUUACAGUGAUUUGCGUUUUACCUUGUUGUGUCACGCACCUUGCAAGAAAAUCCCACUGCCUGGUAUGAUCUCCAAGUUUCCAAAAUUCGUCAAAAAUUACUUGUCUUGUUUCAAAAUUUAAUAUGCUAUUACAUUUAUAUCUGUAAAUAUCCUUACAAGGAACCUUCAUCUUCUUUGCAGGUAUAAACUUAUCCUUGCGGUUCUUAUGUUCCAGACCGCUAUUAAAUUCUCUUUUGACUUUUUUGUCAAUCCAUUUGUUCUCAUUUCUAACUCGAUUUCUUCCUAUCUUAACAUUUUCUGAUACUUUUCGCUUUCUUUUUGAUGAUGGUCUGUCUAAUGACACAUUACUUCUCUUGUUAUCAGAUAGAUUCAAAUUUUCGUUUUCGGCUUCUGAUUCUGAGGGAACAUAGUUUGGAUCAUCAUCGGAAUAAUUAGCAGGAAAUAUGUUGGUAUUAAUGUUAACGGUAUUAUUGUUGUCGUUACUUUCAUUUUCGUUGUCU